CACCUGCUGGUCAGGAACCAGCAUUACAGGUUGGAGCCGCUCAGCUGCCAGUUCUCACGAUAUCUGCGCAGUUGACCGGACCAAAACAGGAAGUGAGACAUGGCAUCAGUGUUCGGCGGAGUAGAAGGUGGAGGAACCCACUCCAAAGCAGUGUUGGUGUCAGCAGAUGGGAAGAUCCUCGCAGAGACAGCUGGACCAUCUACCAACCACUGGUUGGUCGGGGUGGACAAAUGCAUUGAAACCAUCAACGACAUGAUCCAGAGAGCCAAGACUGAGGCAGGACUGGAUCCAAACACGCCAUUAUGUUCACUGGGCAUGUCUCUGAGUGGAGGGGAGAACAAGGAUGCCCUCGACAAAAUAAUCGCUCAAAUGAAGGAACGGUUCCCCAGCCUCAGCAAGGAAUAUCUCAUCAUCAACGACAGCAUCGGAGCCAUGGCAACGGCUAGCGAUCGUGGGGGUGUAGUCCUCAUAUCAGGGACUGGCUCUAACUGCAAGUUAGUCAAUCCUGAUGGCUCACAAAUCGGCUGUGGAGGCUGGGGUCACAUGAUGGGCGAUGAAGGAUCAGGAUUCUGGAUCGCACAUUUGGCUGUGAAGACUGUGUUUGAUGCCAAAGACAACCUGGUUGCGCCUCCUCAUGAUAUUACACGUGUUAGAAAUGCCAUGGAGGAAUACUUCCAGGUGUCAGAUCUCAUGGGCAUGCUGCCACACCUCUAUAGAAACUUCCAGAAGUCCCACUUUGCAGGUUUCUGCAAGAAACUGUCUGAAGGUGCAGAAGCUGGAGAUGCUCUCUGUAAAUAUGUGUUCACUCAGGCUGGGAGAGUCCUGGCAAAACAUGUAGAAGCAGUUUUACCUGCAGCUCAGGAGCCUUUACUGAACGGCGCCCUCGGCCUACCCAUCCUGUGUGUGGGCUCAGUGUGGAAAAGCUGGGAGCUCCUGAAGCCAGGAUUCACUGAUUGCUUGGAUGAAGUAGCAUCAUCUGAGAAGUUCAAGGGCCGUUUCCGUGGCUACAACCUCCUGAUUUUGCGGCAGUCUUCAGCCCUCGGAGGCGCCAGUCUUGGGGCUCAGAGUUUAAAUGCCACCGUGACUAUGGAUUAUGCAGCCAAUGCUAAUGUCUUCUACCAACACACCUUCAGCAGCAGCUAAUGAGAAGACAGUGGAGGAGGAUGUACUGGCCAAUUUGUAAUUAUUGGCAUAUUUGUAUCAUGAUGAUUAUGACCAAAUAAUAAUUGUGUAAAAAUGGGAUAGCACGUGAUUUCACUAUCAGAUGUUUGAAAAUAUUCCAUAACUCAGUGGUUUUUACAAUUGCAUGGUCUGUUGAUGCAUUUUUUUUUUUGCACUUUUGAACACUUGUUUACAUUUACAUAUGUUUACAUUUACAUAAUUAAAGUGCUGAAAUGUGUGCAGGCUAGCAAAGAAUCUCUGACCCUCAAAAGGUUCCAAUCAAAUGGAGAUCAAAUAACUCACUUGCUAUUACACAUGUACAAAUUUAGAAAUGAGUUAUACAAGUGCAGGUUUUCUAAAUGCUUCUCACAGAUUAUUACAGGUAUGAUACCAUACUAAAUAUACACCCAUGAUAGAGACUUUAAAGAGGUUGCACUUCUUCAAUGAAAAUAACUUCAACAAGAACCUUUAUUGUGCAGACAGGCCCACAGGUACUGAUAAUUUUGAGACAUAAUGUUGUAUAUUGCAAUAAAUCCCGAUGCAUCGUUUUGAUUUCAUAGAUAUGGCUGAUGUCCAAAAGAAUAAAGAUUCUUAUUUUGGGUAAUGACAGAUAUGCAGAAGAACAAGCAGAAUUAUGUAUACUGCUACAGCAAACAGAACAUGCAUCAGUUUAGAAAUGUUUUUAUUUCAAACAGUAUGAGAAACAUUCCACUAGCUCUAACCGAAAAAGAUGCUGGGCAGUCUUGACUCUUGAGUUGCUCUGACACUUGGAAUAAAACCUGUAUCAGCCAUGAAUUCUUCAAAACACCUGAAGGUAAACUUAUAUAACCCAUUCAAUUCUGUUAAUUUUACGCAGCUGUGAUCUGAUUCGCGCAAUAUUCCCUCCUUAAAGCCUAACUGUCGUGGCUAGCAGGUUUGCUUCUACAUGCUUCACUGUGUUCACUGACGUUUACUAGCUAACGGCUAGCUGCUAAUGCUAAUUAGCGUGCCGUUUCAAGAAGGUAAGGGCUGUUUUUUGUAGCUUUAAACAGCAAACAGCUACAUAGUGUCGUUGACAAAGACACGAAGAGAAAAAAACUGACUUGAAAUAAGCUAAAAAUCUCUAAAGUUUAAUUUCUUGUUUUCAAAGUGAAAUGCAGCAUCGAGUGAAGAGCUAAUGUUGGUAGCUUCGCUGAAGCUAAUGACCCCGUAACUGUUGUAACCUUUGACAUGUCAGACAUUUUAGCAUUUCGCUAAAUUUACUCCAGUGGUGCACACAUAUUUGAGGUACUUCUACUGUAGAUGAAUAUUUAGAGUCAAGAUUACUAUUUAUUACACUCAUUUACUCAACAUAUUAGUGAAUAGGACAAGAAAUAGCAGCUAUCUUGUGAAGUGGCUUUUCAAUUUCUGCUUCUUUUUUUUUUACAUUAUUAAUAUUUUCUUUUGAAGAAUUUGCUGUAGUUGAAUAUUCUACAGUGUGUUUUGAAAAAAAGUUUAUCCCCUCACUACAGGCAGAAACACAUUUUAUUUCAUGGCAGAGUUAAUUUUGAAAAGUCUCUGUUUUGGUUCUGUAACCUGUCUAGAUUAAUGGGAAGAAAACAUCCAUAAUACACUUUUAAAUGUUUUUAUACUCCACUUUGUCUAUUUGUGUCUGUUGUCAUCAAUCAUAAAUGUUAAAAGCUGCUGUAGUCUCAAAAUAUUUUUUCAUUACUAUCUCCUCCUUGGCUGCAUUUACAUCCACCAAACUGUCCAGUUUUAUUCCCAACUAUGUCCUGAAAGUUUUUACACAGUUCAGCCUGAUUUAAAUACCAUUUAAUUAAUUAAUAAAACAUGGCAAGAAAUGUAAA